CCGCGCGGUGCCAGCCUAUCAGCACCCGCGGCUCGCCCACCCGCGGGCAGGCUGGACUACAUUUCCCAGGAGGCGUCGCGGCCGCGUCGCGUCACUUCCGGCGGCGAAGAUGGCGGCUCCCUAGCGGAAACCAGCUCUGGCCACGGAGUGCGAGAAGGAGAGAACCCUGGCUUCCCCCACGCCUGCACCCUCGGCCAUGGAAGUGGCUGAGUCCAGCAGCCCCACGGAGGAGGAGGAGGAGGAGGAGGAGGAAGAGGGAGAGGAGCCAUCCCCAGAGCCCAGGCCCCGCACUCGCUCCAACCCGGAGGGGGCCGAGGACCUGGGCAGCCGCAGCGAGGGCGAGGGGGAGGCGUCCAGCGCUGAGGAUGGGGCCCCAGGGGCCCCCAGCGGCGGCCCCAAGCCCUGGCAGGUGCCCCCGGUGGCCCCCGAGGUGCAGGUGCGCACCCCAAGGGUCAACUGCCCGGAGAAGGUGGUCAUCUGCCUCGACCUGUCAGAGGAGAUGUCCCUGCCCAAGCUCGAGUCCUUCAAUGGCUCCAGAACCAACGCCCUCAACGUGUCGCAGAAGAUGAUUGAGAUGUUCGUGCGCACCAAGCACAAGAUCGACAAGAGCCACGAGUUCGCGCUGGUGGUGGUCAGCGACGACACGGCCUGGCUGUCGGGCCUGACCUCUGACCCGCGCGAGCUCUGCAGCUGCCUGUACGACCUGGACACGGCUUCCUGCUCCACCUUCAAUCUGGAAGGCCUGUUCAGCCUCAUCCAGCAGAAGACGGAGCUGCCCAGCCCGCAGCACGUGCAGACCAUCCCCCCGCCCUACGUGGUGCGGGCCAUCCUGCUGCACAGCCGGCCCCCGCGCCAGCCGCAGUUCUCGCUCACGGAGCCCAUGAAGAGGAUGUUCCAGUGCCCUUACUUCUUCUUCGACGUGGUCUACAUCCACAACGGCGCCGCCGAGGAGAAGGCGGAAGACAUGAGCUGGAAGGACAUGUUCGCCUUCAUGGGCAGCCUGGACGCCAAGGGCACCAGCUACAAGUACGAGGUGGCGCUGGCGGGGCCGGCCCGGGAGCUGCACAACUGCAUGGCGAAGCUGCUGGCACACCCUCUGCAGCGGCCCUGCCAGAGCCACGCGGCCUACAGCCUGCUGGACGACGAGGGCGACUCCGCCGAGGUGGAGGUCACCGUCUGAGCCCCGUCCCAUCCCCACGGGGUGCCCAGACUCUGCUCUGAGGGACCCCGGGGCUUCCGCGAGGCCCCCAGGAGGGGACCGAGGCCCCAGGAAGCUUAACGGGGACCCUGGGUGCCGACCCCACCGUGCCUGCCGUCCACACCCCGCUUCCUGCUCCCCAGCCUGACAUGACAAUAAACCCCCGAGAAGAGCAGCGAGCUCCAGGCCUCCACUCUGUGGGUGAGGGCAGGGGGUGCCCACCACAAAACUGGGGUGAGGAGAACGGGGCUGGCGGCUGGGUCUCGGGCCCGGGACCCCGUGAACCACAGUGGUGCCCUGUGGCUCUCUGUUAUCUCUGUCUCUGUCAUAGGAAAUAAAGACAAAAUGUCUGCAUCUGUC